ACAGCUGGUGUAAGACGAUGAGAAAAAGCCAUUUUGCUAAUAGUGGUUUAUAGUCUAGCAACUGUGACUCAGAAAAUUUGGAAACGUAUGCAACACAUGCAUGCGUUGUGUUGAUGCCGCCUCUCCAUCAGUAGAAGCCGCUGCUGCGCCCUGGCACGCUGAGCGCCUGGUGCAGUUCCCGGUGCGACCGACAGAGGGCGCCAGAGCGCGCACCCAGCCGCACAAAACCAGGCAGCAGCGGCCAGUGCCGCGCAGUGGAUCCGAGCGGAGCGGAGCGGAGCGACCUGCGUUCCGCCGUCGUCAGGGACCACCGCACAGAUGAAGGGACCGUCGCGAAUACCCGUCACACGCUUCUCCGUUUGACUCCCCACACGCAUCCGACGCCAGCCGUCCCCCCUUCCUUGCUCCCGGCAUCAGUGCGGGUUUCCAGUAGGACGGCCGUUGCCCGUGUUUUCCUCCGGGUGCUGAAUGGAAGCUGCAGCCGAGGGAGCGGUCGGGCUGUCGGAGGCCAGGGACGGGAGCCCGCUCUCCGGGGCCGCAGCAUCCGAUGAUGCGGACACGCUCGUUGGAGUUAGCUACGGGAUGGACGCAGAUAUGGAUGCUGCCGCUAAGAAAGCCUUCAUCACAGAGAUGCCCUCAUCCUCAGGCCAGCCUGGUCAGGGAAAAAAGAUUGGUCACAGAGGAGUGGAUGCAUCUGGGGAAACAACCUACAAGAAGACCACUUCCUCAGCCUUGAAAGGUGCCAUCCAGCUGGGCAUCGGUUACACAGUGGGCAACCUGAGCUCCAAGCCAGAGAGAGAUGUGUUGAUGCAGGACUUCUACGUGGUGGAGAGUAUCUUUUUUCCCAGUGAAGGCAGCAACCUCACUCCAGCCCACCACUUCCCGGACUUCCGCUUCAAAACAUACGCUCCAGUGGCCUUCCGCUACUUCAGAGAACUCUUUGGCAUCAGGCCAGAUGACUACCUGUACUCCCUCUGUAACGAGCCCCUCAUCGAGCUGUCUAACCCUGGAGCCAGCGGCUCAGUCUUCUAUCUCACAAAGGACGACGAGUUCAUCAUCAAGACUGUGAUGCACAAGGAGGCUGAAUUCCUACAGAAGCUGCUGCCUGGAUACUACAUGAACUUGAAUCAGAAUCCUCGCACUUUGCUGCCCAAGUUCUUCGGCCUCUACUGUGUCCAGUCGGGUGGGAAAAACAUCCGCAUGGUGGUGAUGAACAACGUCCUGCCCCGCGUGGUUCGCAUGCACCUCAAGUACGACCUGAAGGGCUCUACCUACAAGAGGCGAGCAUCCAAGAAGGAGCGGGAGAAGGCCAGGCCCACUUUCAAAGACCUGGACUUUAUGCAAGAUCUGCAGGAUGGACUAAUGCUGGACCAGGAUACUUACAACGCCUUGAGUAAGACACUACAGAGGGAUUGUCUGGUGCUGGAGAGCUUUAAGAUCAUGGACUACAGCCUGCUGCUGGGGGUCCACAACAUAGACCAAGCGGAGAGGGAGAGGCAGAUGGAGGGUUCCCAGGGCGGCAGCGAUGAGAAGAGGCCCGUGGCCCAGCAGAAGGCCUUGUAUUCCACAGCCAUGGAGUCCAUCCAGGGAGGAGCCGCCUGCGGGGGGGCCAUCGACACUGACGACACGAUGGGCGGUAUCCCAGCUGUGAACGGACGAGGAGAGAGACUUCUUCUGUACAUCGGCAUCAUCGACAUCCUGCAGUCCUACAGACUCAUUAAGAAACUGGAGCACACAUGGAAGGCACUGGUUCAUGAUGGGGACACCGUAUCAGUCCACCGGCCUGGUUUCUAUGCCGAUAGGUUCCUAAAGUUCAUGAGCAACACUGUUUUCAAGAAGAGUUCCUCUCUAAAAUCAUCUCCAUCCAAGAAGGGACGCGUGUCGUUGUCUGUGCCUAAGUGUGCGGGUCCUGGUGCCGCCUGGUCGGCCAGCCAGCUGGCCUCUGAGAGGGACGAGAACAUCUACGACCUGCGAGGCGCUCGCAGCUUCCCCACGCUGGAGGACGAGGGGCGGCCGGAUCUUCUUCCGUGUACUCCUCCGUCAUUUGAAGAAGCCACCACGGCGUCGAUUGCCACGACUUUGUCCUCCACCACCUCCCUGUCCAUCCCUGAGAGAUCCCCAUCUGACACGGCAGAGCACCCUCGCUACAGGAGGCACACCCAGUCUCUCAGCCAUGAUGGGAGGACGCAGGAGGACCGCGUGCGUGAAGAGGAUCAGCAGACCAUCACAGUGGAGGUGGAGCUGAAGAGACACGACAGCGAGCCCACCAUCUCCAUGCCACCGCCUUCACCUGACCCCAGUGAAGUGGCCAUCGCCGAGGCCCCUGCCGCCGCAGCGGCACCCUGCGGCUCCUCACCGGCGGCCGAGGCGGCGCCCUCCUCCUCUUCCUCCGGCCAGGCUGCUUCGUCCUCCCCUGGGGCGCCUGGGGAAGCCCCGUCCAGUCCCAGGCUGGCGGUGGAGGCAGACAGGGCCAGCCAGGUGUCUGGGUCCGGGUGCACCAGCCAGGCCUCGGUCGACGACGAAGACGACGUGCCAAUCACAGAUAUCUACUUUUUUCCUGAUGGGAGGACCUGGGUGGUUUCUCCUCUCAAACAGAGGAGGAAAUGCCAGACCAGUUGGCCUCCUCCAGAGGACAGGACCUGGGUGUACUCACCGCUACACUAUGGCUCAGAGUCUAAGAACCUACCAGAUGGGGAUUGGGAAGGAGAGACAUAAACCCUGCUGUGUGGCAGAGAGGAGCGUGCGUUUCAAUGGAGGGGACUCGUUGGGCAGAAAUCCAGACCACAGUGGUAGAAGCGGGAGCUCUGAACCAGGAUUUUAAAAAGGCUUACAAAAACUGAAAACGGAGGAAAACGGGACGGAUACGGAAAGUCCUGACAGUGACCAUCCCUGCCUUUCACCAAUAAUAAGAAGAAAUGAUACUGAUUUAAUAAUUGUGCAUAAAAGGUGAAUGCUUGACAUACAUAGAUGACUAUAGUAACUUUCUCUAUAUUUGGGUUUGCACAAGCACAGCUCUCUAAUAACACUGAACCUCAGGCACAGCACGCUGAGCUGAGGUACAAAGAACAGCUGCUUACUCUCCACUUCACAUUUUUAUGAUAUCCUCAGUGUUACUCAGCCCUCCAUCAAAGAAACAUGUGACUCUGUUGUUCAAAGUUUCAAGAUGAUGAACUGAGCUUUAACCUCUUGCCUCUUGAGAGGCUUCCGAAGCAGCUUCCACGACUUGACGGCUCUGCUAAGAUUUACAUGUGAACGCCUUUAGCCAAUCAAUAUAAACCCGUUUAUACAUGGAUUUAUACAAACAGUAAGUCAUAUGCAAAUUUCAGUGCAGUCACAUGGGAGCUAGUGAUUUCACCUGUGGAGGUGGAGGGCUGUGCUUGUGCUCAUAGAAAUGCACUUCCAUUCAUAAGCAUCUAUCCAUUAAUGAACCACUUGUCCUCCUAAGGCUUGUGGGGUACUGGUACUACCCCAGCUGUCAUUCGGCUAGAGGUGGGGUUUACCACGGACAGGCUGCCAAUUAAAACAGACAUCUCAGUCAUCAUCACGUUUCCAGUAGUGAUUGUAUGCAGUUCUGUUUAUAGAAUAAGGAAUAAUUUUAUUUAAUAACUAAACACAGACGUGAGAUGCUCACAGUUUGUUUUCAGCUGUUUUACUACUGUAAACAAUUAUUUAUUUGUUUUAUUAUUAUAUUCACAUUGUAUUUCUAACUUUUAGUUUCUUUUAUGUGCAUCCAAAGAACUUAAAUUUGGGGUUUGAUCAUUUUCUUAGUGCAGUUUUUAUGUUCCCAUUUUAUACAUUUGCAUCAUAUUUUUGCUGUCAGUACUGUAAUACUACUUUUAUCACUGCACCUCUUCAGACACAGCUGAAGCCAAUGACAGCUGCCUUCAAAACAGAAGGACUUCAUGACAACACUAAGUCAUUGUCAGUCAAUGCAGUAGUCUCCACGUCAUUACAAUGUCUUCCAGUGUUACCCUACUGUUGGACAGAUGCACACAAAGAAUUCAUAGAAGUAGGAUUUCAUAUUUCAGAAUGUUGGUACUAUUGUCUGCUCAUCAUCGCCUUCUCACAAUAACAAGUCCAACUACUGGAAAUUUUAAAAAUGUUUGUAGAUGUAAGCAUCAGUUGUAGUAUUUGCAGUCAGUUCCUGUACCUGUCACUUGUCUAUUGGAAUGAACACAGUAUGUUGCAGUGUGGGCUUGGUGAGACACAGCAGCUAUUAAAUGGAUUGAAUGUUUGUUUGCACUUGAGGACCUGAAGAUGAACUAGUGAUAGAGGCCAAAUAAACAUGCAUCUCGUGAUCUACACUUUUCCGUUUUUAGAUAGCAGUUUCUUCUCACAGGCUGACAGUAGUAGGACAGCUCACGUUUUGUAUUCUCAACUAUGUGUGUUGGUGAAGUCAAUCACAGUCAUUGUAGAAUUAGUGUUUACUGUAGUCUCACUGUGGCUGACAUCUUAGGACUCUCAGCAAAGACCUCAGUUCAAGUUUAACACACUUGAGUUCUUAAUUCAACUUCAGAAAGAGUUUCUUACGUUGGUUGAUAUGUUUCUAUGUGUGUUAGUGUGUAAGGGAGAUCACAUUAAUGUCAGGCACUGUAUAAUAGAAAUCAGUCAUUCUCUUGAUGUGCAGUGGCCAGUUAUAAUCAGUUUGCUGUUGUUCAUCAGAUUGAGACCAUAGCAGCAAUAUUUUGUACAGUCUUGCUUUUGCGUUCAUUUCAAUUGCCUUAUUGAGAAGAUUUUACAUGUAGGCCCAUUAUUUCAAUUCUGUCACUUGUGCUGUUGUAUUUAUUUUUCUUUUCCAUAGUUGUGCUCCUAAGAUUGUGUACAUAAAAUUAUAAAUACAUAUAUAAAGAUAUACAAAUAUAUUUUCCAUUUGAAUCGGAGAAUAUUAUUUUUAUUUGCUUUUAUUUUUGCUGCAGGGCAAGAAAUGAUUGCAAUCUAUAUGAUUUACUGUAUCAUAUUCUUCAGUGUGUUUAUUGAGACGCAGCUGCUGUAUAUUUAUGGUUUAUAAACCAGAGCUGUUUCUUUCUGAGAUAUCCAAAACAGAAGGAUUUGUGGGUCUUACUGUAAAACAGUAUGGAUUCUUCCAACUUUUCAGCUGUGUUGUGUAUGUGUUUUCAAACGUGUGCCCUCAUCCAAUAGGGAGAGUCCUUUACAGAGACAUAGCAUGACUUAAAGUUGAAUAUGCAUAUCAGAAAUGUGUAUUUAUGUAUAUCUGUGUACAUGCAUCUAUUUAUACAUGAAGAUAAAUAGAUGGCUGUAUGUGUGUGUGUUUGGACUUACUCAGAAUGAAUAGAAAAAUAAAACAGUUCUAUGAAUUGUUGGA